AUGUGUCAAGAUUACAUACUUAUUCGCAAAUGCCAGUGUACAGCAGAUGCCUGGGUUCUGGCUCAAUGUGGUUCUGGAAAUUGUAACUACAGAACUGGACAGGUGAUACUGAAUACGGAGAUCACCACUUUAGACGACCUCAUCAGUCAAGCCGACCCUAGAGUCAAGUUACUCUUCACUAACCUGAACUGUUCAGUUUGCGGCCUUGCGGAUAAAAUUCCAGAACAAUAUAUAUGGGAUGCCAAUGUCGACAAUGCCCUAGGGAUUGCAAUUCCCAUACUUGAACGUGCGAGGAAGUCGCCUGCAUUCCUUGCUCUUCAUAGAUAUGAGGAAAAAGAUGUCGCUCAGUAUCGACUUUCUGCUAUAGAUUUGAAUUGGCUGUAUAAUACGAGGAAGAUCAUUCAGAUUGCCUGCCGCCACAUGGUACGGGGUCCAAGAGCCGACUUGAGUGACGAGCAAAUGAUUUACUGUAUAUUGUAUGAUUCAUAUCUUGCUGCAGUGGAGUUUAAUCUUAUUGCUGAUGCGCAUGAUACGCUUCCACCCAAAGAGACACCUGCCUGGCUUUAUGCCCUUAGAGACCUAGACGAGGAUCUCUUGCAGUAUGAGGAUGCGAGACUCUGUUGA